CCGGUCGUUUUGUGUUUGGUUAUGUUUCCAUCAUUACCAGCACCGUCGACGACGCCGGUUCCAUUAGUUUGCAAAUCUGGAUGUUAAAAAGGAAACAAUGAUUACCGCCACGGAACCGCUGGAAUACUUUCCACGAGGCCGUCGGGUGGUGUCGGGGUCAAAUGUAGAACGAAAUGUAGACGAGCAACGUACGCUAGGCGGAGAUCCAGUAGACUUGGUGCUGCAGGAGAGCAUGCAAAACGUAAGCAUCUCGGCGGAUGACGAUGUACCGGCUGAAUUUUAUCGAUUGCGCGAGGAACCCACCGAGAAGGGGCAGUACAGCUUAUCGUCGGUCUUUAAUGGCAUGGAGGAAGAGCUGUACGUGCAGGGUCACACGAUGGUGUGGACACAGCAUAAGAACAACGGUACGAACGAGCAGCCCCAAAUCACCUUCACAUGCCCCACUCCCAUACGGUUCGCCUUCUUCUGUCCGCAGCGCUUCAUCACGCCGGUUACGGCGCCGGCAUUGAAACCGAACACCAACCGUAGUGCCAUCUGUGUGAUCGAUAAAGACACGUUGCACGUAUUUCUGGAGGGUGGCGAAACGUACAAUACGAUGCUACAGUGUCCGGUAUCGGCAGUCUGGAUGAUACCGGAUGGUAUUAUGCUGGAGCGUAACGCAUCCCGCUCGGUAUCGUUCUACCAGGAGGAGGGUGUACCGUGGCCACGGCUGUUUACGCUAAACUUCACCCUAGAAGAGAUGAAACCCGUCCUGUUGGCCACCGGAAAUAAGUAUGGAUUUCUGGAUAGUCCCCACCAUCGGGUAGUUUUUUCAAGCGAGCAUGUUUCGCUCGUGCUGAUGUACGGCGAACUAAGCGGCAAACACUAUGUGUACCGGUUGAGGCCUGCCUACGACGAAGAGAUUGAAGCGGUGGAACAUACGGAUGAGUCGGAACGGGAGGACGGUAACAGCAUUCCGGGUACACCAGAUGAAGAUCUCACAUCAACGCAUUCCACCGAGCAACGAGCUAACACCAUGUCGAAGGUGCUGGGCGCAACAGCAGUCAACCAGGAGCAUACGUACGGCAUCAGUUCGACUCUGUCGUCGAGGAUGAAUUUUAUGCCCGGUUUGUUUGGGAACUUUAAUGCACACGAACAGCAGGAACACCGUAGCACCUCGCUUGCGCCACAGUAUUCGCUGGAGUACGUGAUGACCGUUAACGGAGCGUCCGUUCCAAUGUGGAGCUCGACCGAAGAAGAGAUGGCAUCAGAAUCAUUUUUGCACACCGAUCUCGUGGGAAAUCGUUACAUCUGCUUCCUGCAAGCACGUGCCUGCCUUUUAACGCUGCUCCAGUACGACGAAACCAAUUUAACCGUGCUGUGCACUCAUACACUACCGGCCCGUUCUGCCGUCUCGCUCGACCAUAUCAACAUGAUCGCUGUGCUGGAGCCGACUGGCCGGUUGGUGCUGUACAGUGGCGCAAUUGCUGUCGGCAAGUUACACGUAACCGGACUUCAGAGCGACUGUUUCCGUAAAGACCCGGUCGGAAGUCCGUUUGGUGUUAAACCACCGGGGAAACAUUCCUCCUUUGCACCGGUGCGUCCUGCCUCGACUCAGGUGCUAGAAGGUUUUCCGCGUCGCAGCACGCUCCUGCCGAACGUAUCCGGUGCGGAUGGGAACAUUUGCGAAGCGCUGCACCUUCUAUCACCCGUGCGGCCAAUCAAUCAGCCCGGACAGGCUGCGGGUGUGUCGCGUACCGCACCUAUAGCCGCUCAAACCGGUGCCGAGACUAGUUCGGUGGUGAAAUUGCGUGAUCCAACCGGAAUACGUUUUACGCUGGUACUGGGCAAUGAGCGACACGUACGGUUGGCGCCGGGCCCCAUAGCUGAAUCGCAGCUAGUGCGCAACUGUGUGCAAGCGAUGCGGCUGAGUCUGCCAAAGGCACCCGUGCACGAUUUCCUGAUCCAUUGGUACAAAACGCGCAAUGCUCCAGGUUCGCAUGCCGGGCUGAGUUCGCAUCGAGAGUGGGAUCUUUUCCGGACGCUGCUGUUUACGAUGAUGGGUCGACCGAUUGGACCGCCGGAUGCGGAUGAUCAGGUGUCCGCUGCCGGUGGGCAGCAGCCGGCUGCCGGUAGCUCUGUGUGUGCGGAUGAGCCAAAAAAGCGUCGCCGAGGAGAAAAUUCGCACGGUCAGGCGGCUGAUUGGGAGUUUCUGGUAGCUCACGCUACACAGUUGUACGCGUGCCAGGAAGGGACAGUAGAUGGUGGUGGCGGCGGCAGUGGAGCACGACCAUAUCAAAACCAUGAACUGCAAAGCCUUUACCCGCACAUUCCGGAAAUACUGCAAGCAUUUCACCUUCUGUACGAAGAUCUAAAAAUGAACGUAUGCCGAAAGGACGAUUUGCGGUUGCUGGCCGACUUCCUGUACUGUCUUGCGGCCGAUGCAAACCUGGGCGCGUACCAGAAGCACUAUCGGAUCGAUUUCCCGGAGCUGAUUGACCGUUAUCGGCGGCACUGUAGCUGUGUGAUAACGGACGCCACCAUCUUGACCCGACUCAGUGAAUCCAACCACGCGAAUCCACCACACCUGUUUCACUACCUCGAGCAAAUGUUGCUGAGCGAUAAUGAUGGCACACCGUUUUGCUACCGACCCGGUAUUAACGAUUUUAGCUACGACAUGUGCACGCUGAUAGCAUUUAUCUAUCGCGUACAGGUGGCUAACGGGUGGGUCCGCCGCCAUUUUGAGUCGGUACUGUCGGGUGAAUUUUUCGAACAGCAAGACAAACGCCCACUCUGCAUCCAGAAUCCGGCAGGAACCUCCCAAACCCGUAACGGGUUCGAACGUACUGCGGACACGGUUCUGGCGUUUCUGGUCGAACGUAGGUACACUCGCAGUCUGCUCAACAAACUGCCGAUUGCUAUCCGGUACGUGAUCUUAAACUAUCUCGAAGGAUGCCGUGAAUAUCUUACGCACGGACUACAGGCCAUGUGUUACGAGCUGCUGAUGCGACCUGAAUUGCGUACCCAUAGUAUAUCAAGCGGACUGCAGGAAUGGGUACCGGAUAUCGAUCUGAAGACUGCAGCUAAUCUACAGGAGCGCAACAUAUCGCUGCCGAAAUAUGACGAGAUUGAAGCCUGGCAGAAUGAGAUGAGCGAAAUUGAAAUAUGCGGUACGGCCAGUAUGGGCGGUGUAGGCGUCGCUAGUGGAGUCGGGAGUGUGGGUGUGCCUGGUAGCGCAACUGCAUCCAGCUCGCAGAAGGACGAAACACUGCGCCAAGGGUGUGACGAGGACGGUAUGGGUGGGUUGGAUGAUGAAUUUCUGCAGCUACGCUUCCGGGACGAUCGGCGCAUAAACGAUGUCCGUACGUUCCUGAACAGCUCGCUACGCAUCGAGAUCAACAUUCCACAGCCACCAAACGUGCCCGAUCACGAAUUUCUCGAGGAACAGGAACGACGGCUCUAUAUGAUCUGCCUGCGCACUAUGGCACUUCCCAUCGGACGUGGCAUGUUUACCAUCAGCUCAAGCCGUCCGAGCGAAGCACAAACCUUGCCAGUGCCAAGACUUUGCCUUUCCGGGCGUGAUAUCAUCCGCGGAACAACGAUCGAAAUACAGCAAAUUGAAGUCCCAGCCAACAUGAACUUGUGGCCCGCAUUCCAUAAUGGUGUUGCGGCUGGUUUACGUAUCUGUCCCGAUACGCCACACCUAACCUCCAAUUGGAUUACCAACAAUCGGCACGGUGCAAGUAAUUCUAGUCUGCUACCACACGGCACCGAUACCUCCACCGAGCACGGUGGCUUCCUGUUGGCACUCGGUCUUUCGGGACAUCUUCGCAAACUGUCCAUCCCUAGCCUCUUCGAGUAUAUGUUACGUUCGGACGAAAUGAUACGGCUUGGGCUAAUUCUUGGCCUGUCAGCUGCGUACCGUGGUACGGGUGAUCUGGCCACAACUCGUCUCCUUGCAAUACACGUGGAAGCGUUACUACCGCCCACCUCCGUCGAGCUUGACGUACCCCAGAAUCUACAGGUAGCGUCCCUACUUGGCGUAGGCCUACUCUACCAGGGCACCGGAAAACGACACAUGGUCGAAAUACUGCUGCAGGAGAUCGGUCGUCCACCUGGGCCCGAGAUGGAAAACUAUGUCGAGCGUGAAUCGUACUCCCUAACUGCCGGUCUCGCCCUUGGGCUCGUAACGCUCGGUCUCGGCAAAAGUUCGACUUCGCUGCACGAUCUCACCCUAACCGACACGCUGGACUAUUACAUGAACGGUGGCAACCGGCGCAUGAUGGUCGGUGCACAGAAGGAGAAGUACCGUCUACCUUCGUUCCAAAUCAAGGAAGGUCCGGCAGUAAAUUUGGAUGUCACGGCACCCGGUGCUACCCUUGCGCUCGGCCUAAUGUACUUUGCGACAGGGGAUGAAGCCAUCUCUCGGAUGCUAAAACCUCCGACUACCAUCUACAUACUGCAGUUUGUGCGGCCCGAUCUACUUCAGCUGCGCAUUAUCGCUCGCCAUCUGAUACACUGGAAUCGCAUCGAGGCCACAAGCGCCUGGGUAGACCAACAGAUACCGGAACUCUUGCGACAAAACAUAUCACCGCUAGAAGAGGAGGACGUAUCGAUGGAUAAGCAGACGGCCGACGAGCCAGAGCAUGCAAGUGCCGGCGGGUCUGCAGCUUCUGCCUCCCACGAAAACAACCUUUCCAAAGUGGACCAGGUUCUGUACUCGCAGGCAUACUGUAGCGUCAUGUGCGGUAGUGCGAUCGCGAUCGGUUUGCGAUUCGCCGGCACAGCCGAUUCUACCGCCGUCAAAACGCUCGAUCACUACCUGCUGUACUUUAUCGACCAGGGUAACCGGUUUAACAAGAGCGUACCGGAACGACCAUCCAAGUUUGCCCGCUCGGUCGGUCGUCAGAUGAUCGAAAACUGUAGCAUGGUGUUGCUGCUAUCGCUUUCGCUGGUACUAGCCGGGACGGGCGAUAUACGAGUGCUGCGUGCCGUCCGCAUGUUGCGCUCACGCAUCGGUGUACUCCAGGUUACGUACGGUUCGCAUAUGGCGAUCCAUAUGGCACUUGGUUUUCUGUUUCUUGGUGGCGGUCGCUUUACGCUCUCACGCACACCGACCGCAAUCGCUGCACUGGUGUGUAGCAUUUUCCCGAAGUUUCCCACCUACAGCAACGACAACCGGUACCAUCUGCAAGCGUUCCGGCACCUGUACGUGCUGGCGAUCGAGCCUCGUAUCUUCAUCCCGCGCAGCAUCGACACCGGUCGGUUGUGUCUGUGCCGCAUCCGGUACGCGGUGGUAGGGCAGGAGAAGGCACCGGUAGAACAGCUUGCACCGUGUCUACUGCCAGAGCUGGAUACGCUCGCGUGGAUUGAGGUCUGCGAUGAAAACUUUUGGCAGUUUCGCUUCGAUCGACGGCAUAACUGGCAGAUACUAGAGAGCAUCCUCAAGAGGAACAAAAGGGUAGAUGUGAAGGAACGUAACGGCUGUUUGACGUACCAGGAGGACCCGACGCGUCUCAAUACGAAUCAUAUAAAUCCCGUUUCCUACAACCACAGCCUGUGGCACUUGGAGCCACUGAAUGUGCUGAAGCUCGUCGGACAGCAGGAAGUGGUCAACAUAACCCAAAAGCUGAUCAUACCACCCAGCACAGGCAAACUCCGCUGUCUGCUAGAACCCAUCGAUGGGUCCGAACACAAGGAUCCUUACAUGAAAUUGUACGCGCAGUUUGUAACGGAUUGUGCGUUCGGUGAUCGCCUACAUGCACUACCGAUCUACCUAGGGCUAGCGCAGAUUAUGCAAAAAGAUCCACAAGCGAUGCACAAAUCGUUAGAUGUCUGGCAGCUGCGGCUGCUGACAGUCGCGCUCGACAAAUGUGGCUGGCCUUACAAGAUCCCGGGUUCGCGUGGCUUGCUGUCUAUCAGCUUGCUGCAGUCAAUGUUGAAGCGUAUCUCGAAGCAGAACGAUCAGGAUAUUCAUCGCCAUACUAUAGAUCACUUUCGUCAGUGCCUGAAUCUACACAACGCUAACGUUCCGAAAGAAGUGUUAAUACAGGAAAGUUUCCGGGACAGUAGUGAGAUGGAACCGAAUCUCGUGCGUUGUCGCCGUCAACGUCUGCUAAACCUGCUCAAGUUGAUCGUUACGUAUGAUUUGUCGUACGGACCGUUUCGCAGUGAACGCGUUGGGGCUUGGUUUGUGUUUGUAUACAUUUUCAGCGAAGAGAUGAAAAUAUAUUACGUAGUAUAA